UAUUUCUCUUAUCCCUAUCCCUUCUAAAAUAGUCGAGUGCGGGCCAAAUCGCCUCAACAGAGUGAAGAAGCCGCCAUGUCAGCCGAUGAGUGUUCCGAGGAAGUAACCCCUACAUUCCGUCCCUUCACCAGGGAGUCCCUUGCGGCGAUUGAAGCACGAAUAGCAGAGGAGGAAGCGAGAAAAAAAGAAAUGGCCCAAAAGGGCGAAGAAAGUGAUGAGCAGUUGCAUAUAGAGCCGUUAGAACCCGACCCAAAUUUAGAGGCCGGAAUGCCUCUGCCCAAAAAAUUAUUAAUGGAACUUCCUCCGGAGCUCACAGCUACGCCCAUUGAAGACUUGGAUAAAUUUUAUGAAAAUAUGCAUUUUAUAAUUAAAUUAAUUUUUUUUAUUUACAGAGUAAUUUUCACUGCAAUAUAUACUUUUGAGUCCGUCGUUAAAAUGUUAGCCAGAGGUUUCAUCCUUGAGUCAUUCACAUAUCUCCGAGAUCCAUGGAAUUGGCUGGAUUUCAUAGUUAUCUCCCUAGCCUAUAUAACAAUGGGGGUGAAUUUGGGGAAUCUGAGCGCAUUGCGAACAUUUCGGGUGCUGAGGGCCUUAAAAACUGUAGCUAUAAUUCCAGGUUUAAAAACUAUAGUUGGAGCGGUUAUAGAAUCUGUACGAAACUUGAAGGAUGUAAUUAUUCUGACUUGUUUUUCACUGUCUAUCUUUGCCUUAGUGGGUUUGCAAAUAUACAUGGGUGUUCUUACCCAGAAAUGUAUUAGAAAUCCACCUGCCAAUUUAACUGCAGAAGAAAUAGAAAUAUUUAGAAGUAACGAAACUAAUUGGGAAAGAGAUGAUAUAGAUGGUAUUAGAUUAUGUGGGAAUUCUUCAGGGGCAAGAGUGUGCAGUGAAAACUAUACUUGUAUUCAGGGGUAUGGAACUAAUCCCAAUUAUGGUUACACGAGUUUUGAUAAUUUUGGUUGGGCACUUCUUGGUGCUUUUAGGCUAAUGACACAAGAUUUUUGGGAAAAUUUAUAUCAGUUGGUAAGUGAUUUAGUGUGCAGUGAAAACUAUACUUGUAUUCAGGGGUAUGGAACUAAUCCCAAUUAUGGUUACACGAGUUUUGAUAAUUUUGGUUGGGCACUUCUUGGUGCUUUUAGGCUAAUGACACAAGAUUUUUGGGAAAAUUUAUAUCAGUUGGCUGAAGAAGCAGAAGCAGCAAAACGUGGAGAACAUGUUGUCAAAAGUCCAUCAGAUUUUUCUUGUAAAUCUUAUGAACUAUUUGUUGGUCAAGAGAAGGGAAUGGAAGAAAGAGAUACAAAGGAAAAAGCCAGUAUAAAAAGUGCAGAUGGUGAAAGUAUAUGUGAACAAAAAUCAAGAAUAAAUGGAAAAGUUCGAAAGGCAAGCCUGAGUCUUCCUGGCUCUCCUUUCAAUAUCCGGAGGGGUAGUCGGGGCAGCCAGUUCAGUGUCAAUUGGCGUAAUGGACGCCGGUAUGGUGAUAGGAAACCCUUGGUACUUCAAACCUACAUGGAUGCACAAGAACAUCUUCCCUAUGCAGAUGAUAGUAAUGCUGUAACUCCCAUGUCAGAAGAAAAUGGAGCCAUAAUCAUCCCUGUUUAUACCAAUUUGACUUCACAUCAUUCAAGUUAUACUUCCCAUUCAUCUCGGAUUUCAUAUACUUCUCAUAUGGAUAUCUAUGGUAAAGAACCAACAAAGGAAAGUCAGCUCAGAACAAGAUCAAGAAUUCUUCAUGGUCUUUAUCAUGAGGAUACACCAGAUGCAGAUGAAUACAUAAUACCAAAAAAGCAAACUGAUAAUCCUUUUGUUGAACCAGGUCCUCAACAAACUGUUGUUGACAUGAGAGAUGUGUUGGUGCUGAAUGACAUUAUAGAACAAGCAGCUGGGAGGCAAAGCAGAGCAAGUGAGAGAGAGAGAGAGGAAGAGGAGAAACCCAAGUUCAAAGAAAAAUUCUUGGCUCAGUGCUUGAAAUGUAUUGAUAUCUUCUGUCUGUGGGACUGUUGUCAGUGCUGGAUCCGCAUUCAAGAAAUCAUCACCCUCAUCGUCUUCGAUCCCUUCAUGGAACUGUUUAUUACUCUCUGCAUUGUUGUCAACACACUCUUCAUGGCCAUGGAUCAUUACGAUAUGCAUCCAGAUUUUGAAAAAUUCUUAACAACUGGCAAUUAUUUCUUUACAGCAACAUUUGCUAUUGAAGCAGGCAUGAAGCUUCUGGCCAUGAGUCCAAAGUUCUACUUUCAGGAAGGAUGGAAUAUUUUUGAUUUCUUCAUUGUAGCAUUAUCUCUUUUGGAGCUUUGUUUAGAAGGUGUGCAGGGAUUAUCUGUUUUAAGAUCAUUUCGAUUGCUUCGAGUAUUCAAAUUAGCUAAAUCUUGGCCCACUCUUAAUCUUUUAAUUUCAAUUAUGGGUAAAACUGUUGGUGCAUUAGGAAAUUUGACAUUUGUAUUAGGUAUCAUCAUAUUUAUUUUUGCUGUGAUGGGAAUGCAGUUGUUUGGAAAGAAUUAUUUUGAAGAAGUUCACAAGUUUCCAGAUGGAGAAAUGCCUCGCUGGAAUUUUAAAGAUUUUAUGCAUUCUUUUAUGAUUGUUUUUCGUGUCCUUUGUGGUGAAUGGAUUGAAUCAAUGUGGGAUUGCAUGUGGGUUUCAGGCUGGCCCUGUAUUCCUUUCUUUAUGGCCACUGUUGUUAUUGGCAAUCUUGUGGUGCUGAAUCUUUUUCUUGCCUUGUUGCUGUCUUCAUUUGGUGCCUCUAACCUGUCCCAAGCUCCUUCAGACAGUGCAGAUACAAAGAAAUUAGCUGAAGCAUUUGAACGGUUUUCUAGAUUUUUUAAUUGGAUCAAAGGAUUAUUUUUGGCUAUAGUAAAGGCAGUGAGAGCUAAAGCUAGAAAUCAAAUAGCUGAUCAAACAACUGAAAUUAGAGAAGAUAUGGAAGAUUUACCCCCUGGGACUGAAAUUUUGGUAGAUGGUCAAGUUCCAAUGAAAGAUAAAAAGAGUCCUAAAGAAUUGACAGAAUUAGAAGUUGUUGUUAGUGAUGGUCUAGAAAUUGCACUUCAAGGUAUUUGAUUUUAUUAAAUGUUUUCAUUUUCUAAGCAGUUUAUAUUUACAUGUA